UUUUUCUUUGCACUGGAAAAUUGCUCGCGGAAACGUGCUUCAGAGCCGUGUCGCGGUACCGAGCCUUUUUCGAAGCAAUCAAUUGUCAACAAGAAAAAUCUACUGUUUUGAAACUACUGAAGCUACUGUUUUGAAACUCCUGUUUUGAAACUACUGAAGCUACGUACUGUUUUGAAGCUACUGUUUUGAAACUAGUGCUGUUUUGAAAGUAGUGCUGUUUUGAAACUACUGUUUUGAAACUACUAUUUUGAAACUACUGUUUUGAAACUACUGAAGCUACUGUUUUGAAACUAAGUACUGAAAGCGUUACACUUAAAGAACACACCGACUUCUACUGCGCAUCGGAAUAGUACAUAGAGAAUCGAUUGCGUCUAUUCCUGUUCGGAAUUUUUAUAAGUUACCUUUUUGAUUAACAACCAUGAAGGUUGUGUCGGCGCUCGCUCGUCCGACCACUGCCGGGCGUCUGCAGCAAGGGGCGAACCUGUUGGGACCACUGUUUCUCCUCCUGAUGGUAUCAAAAGGAAAAAUCCCUCCUUCCCAUAGAUAUCGAAAACGAAUAAACUCGUGAUGCUAUACACAAAUAAUCGACAUGUAUUGCUAAAAGGCAAAAAGGCGCAGCUGUGGCCUCGUUUAUUGCAGGCAACUUGUCAUGCUGCUUCCCACUUACAGCUGCCUCUUGUCAUGCUGAAGAUGCGAGGCUUUGCCAGCACGCAACCCAGCACUACAGUCCGCAUCUUUUCCCUUUCGGCAUUGAUUUUUACAAAGCUGAUUUGUUGCCACAAAUCUGCAUCGCAUGAUAUGGGGAGGGGAGAUUUUUCUUCUUGAUUGAAGGCGUCCAAUAUUCAACAGUUCGUCGGGGUGGGGAGUGUCCAAGGUGCGCUUUUUGUUCGCGCCGUUCGUCCCCCGACCGCUCAAAAAUCGCCCCAAGAACCAGUGGAGCCAUACCAAGACUCGUCGUGGGCGUCGGACUCGGAGGACCAUAAACCUGUUGGGGAGGGGGGUGGUGAUGUUUCGGACUUUCGUCCCGGCCAGGCCGUGGGAUCGCUUCUGCAAUUGUUCCAAGGACGUGAGCCAGACCCAGAAUCGUUUCUGCACUUCGAAGCUGGGCGGGUGUGGAAAGCGCAGACGCCGUCGGAGUGGUUGGCGCAGCAAAACCAAUUCCUGGAUGCCGCCAGAAAGGGCAAAUUAUGGAGCAUGAAAAAAAUGUCGUAGAGGUUUUGAUAUUUGCGGAAAAUAGAGAAAAUCAAAAUCAGCAAUACAUUGAGAGAGGUUUUUCCACGCGGCACUCGCUGGGUGGUCAGUUUUUGCGCAAGCGCUACGAAUUGAGUUUAUUUGUCAGAUGCCCCUUGAUGACCAAAAGACGGCAAAGUAUUGUCGCAUUUUUAGGAGUUAUUUUAGAUAGUGCUUUUGUGGAGGUUGCAUACCUGAUGGCGUAGGCUUUUGACGAAGCGUGUGACGCAUAGUCUCUUUCAUUUGUACUUAGUUCUAGUUCGUCCGAUACUUUAAUUGUAUAGCAAUUUGUAGUUCCGAUGCUGCGCGGAUACCUUCCGCUGUGGCGUUGUUUGCACUACCGUUGCUACGACAGUUUUUUUCCGCUCGAGAGUAAUUUGAGCAGGUGGAGGAGAUGCUAAGGUGGGAUCCCGAGCUAGUGAAUGCGCGGGGCGGACAAGCGGCUAUGAGAGACACUGCCUUGAUGCAAGCGGCGUACUUCGGCGACGUGAAGGCCAUUACAAUGCUAAGCCGGGUGAACGGACUGGACAAGAGGCUGCAACGUCGUCCCAAUGCAACAACAUGUCCGGGCUGUAGGGCAAGCGAGAUCGCCUGGAAAGGGGCUGGCGGCGAAGAUCCAACCCCCGCUCGCUUCACGAACGCCGUCAAUUACCUGCUUCGUACACGACAAUAAAACUCAUUUUACUUUUUCGUGGACUCUACGUUCUUGCGAUUCGCAAACGCGAUGCCAAAUACAAAUAUUCUACGAAAAGAACGCGGCGCCUGCGCCCGCCGUGCUUGUUUUGACCGGGUGUUAUCAUUGCGUCGGAGCGAGAUGGUUUUGCCGUCGCACAGGGGUGUUUGCGGUUUCUAACGCGAGGCUCCUAAUGUUGAGAUCGUGGCGCAAUAGACAAGCUGAAGCUCUCACUUUUUUGAUUCUGUCAAUAAGAUCUGGGCAUAUGGUCGACGUAUAGAAGAUCGAGUUGUAAUUCUGCUUAUUUGAUGCUUGCGAGUGACUCCUUUUCACCACCUCCGCAACAUUCCAGGUCCAGAGGACUCUCGCCUGCUGAAGGAGCCCCCCGGGUCAGUGCGCCUCCCUGUCCUUUGGGACAACAGGGAUAAGUACGUAGCUUGGCUCGCGGACACUCCAGGAGGUGGAAAAGCCCUGCUUUUGCAGCCCCAGGCCGAAUACACGAAACGGGUGCCGACAAACAAGCUGUCCCUGGACCUCCUCCGGAACGAAAGAGGGGUUUGGACCUUCGCACAGGAGAACGUCAAGUAUACUACAAUGUCAGACGUCCAGAUGAAGAGGAAGGCGAAAAAAUCUUUGAUGCAUUACGCCGCUGUGGAUUUGUUGACAGAGCUGGAAAAUAACGGGGGUGUCGGAGGUUUCAAUUUUGUUCCCCCCGCCGAUGCUGUUGCUGGCCUGACCGGUGCCAAAGAUUCACCAACUCCCGCCGACUUCAAGAACGCUGUUGAUUACUUGCUCCGAACUCGCCUGGUGCUUUCCGACAGCUCGGUGCAGCUUCCUGCUAUCGAUGUUGACCACCAGGACCACCAGGCUACGUACAUAGCCUGGGUCAAAACCGUGCAAGCCACGGCAGCUUCGCCAGGAGGAAGAGCGCUACUGGUCCAGCGCCGAGUCGAUUUCGACAAGAAGAACUCGAAGAAUAAGCUGUCCCUGACGCUGCGGUAUGCCGAUGGAGUCUGGACCUUCGACCAAGAGAGCAGCAAGUUUACCACCAUGCCGGAUGACCUGAAGCGGCAGGCCAAACGUGCGUUGAUCGGCUUCGCGACCUCAAUUUCCCAGACUCAGCUGGAGACUCAGCACACUGCGUACGUGACGACCCUUCGCGGCCCUUACGAGUUGGGCGGGGACGCGGGGAAAGCGCAUGGUGGAUAUUGUGCGAAAACCAAGUCCGCGGUGGCGCCGCGAAAAGGCACUUACACGGCCAGCGUCCGGCAGGUAGGGAAGCCCGGCGAGGAAGGUUACGACCCCGCCCACCUCGAGUGGAAUGUGUAUUACGAGGAGCAAGUGCAAGACGUAGGAGGGAUGGUGCCACGUGCCGACGACAAAGGGGCGAUCUUUCGUCUGUGGCGCGUGGUGCCGACGACCGCAGGCGGUCAGUUCGGUCCUGUGACGAAGACCAAAUUGAGUGCUGCUGCAAUGCAGGCCACACUGCCGGCAGCGCCCAAAUCAACGGGGCUCAUUUUCUACUCUGCAAAAGCAUCAAUCGACGACGCAGUCCACGCCCCGGAAAACGCAGGCGCAGUGUUUGUGCUCCCCUCUCAGCUGAACGGCGCCGAAUAUCCGAGUCCGGAUCCUCCGGUUUAUAAGAUCAACGCGUAUUUUGGUGACCCUACCGGGGGGCCGCGCGGCCAGCUAGCGGUUCAUCCGUCGGCGGGGCAGUUCGUGUUGGACAACGCCGCAAAUACGAAAUCUGACGGCAAGGGCAUCAGUGCUGUGAAGGAAAUGCUGCAGAGUGUGAAUCAGCGCCUAAGAGACAACUGCUUCCACGGGGUGGAAGCCACAACUUACACUCGUAUUCAAUUUGACCUGCACAAUGGCUACCUGCGCAUGCCUGUAAUCCCGAAAACCGUCGAAAACGCAGAGGAAGCCGCUGCCUGUGUCGCCCAAAGUUUCGCUGACAAUUUGUACCUGAUGCGCACUCCGCGCACCGACAACGUUCAGGCCAACGGCAUCAAUGGCGGAGGCAACGAAGCAAGCUUCUAUGUCUCGGACCAGCGCGUGUCGCUGGUUUACGCGUCGGCCAUCCCGCACACCUACGCGGAUUGCCACGAUUUGGUAGACAACCAAAUGCUACCGCGCGAAGGAUCAUGUGGUUCGUACGGUAGGUACGAAAAGUUGAUGUCGACGCGGGAAAUGUAUGACAAUAACAACCCCACUGUGAAGAUGCACCGAAAAAUCGAGAUCAUGGCGCUGGUUGGUCAGUACUACGGGGCGCUGCGGCAAACGGCGUGCCUGCACAUGCAAGAGAUGAAGAGCGCCGGCACGACGACCAAAAUCCAGGAAGACAAGGAUAAGAAACGCAUUUUUCUGAUGCCAUUGGGUGGCGGUGUGUUUCGAAACGACAUGGAGACUGUGAUCAAGCCGGCGGUUGUCGCUGCGGUGAAACUGCUUUCCCCGGCAGAGCGAGCCGCGUUAAAAAUCGUCAUGCUAGCUUAUCCCGUCAAUACUUUUGAGGUGGAGGCGCUAAAGCAACUGGCAGAGGAGAACGAGCUUGAUGCGGCCGACGCUAGCGCGGGGGUAAAAAGUCCGACUGCGGUCAUCCUGGGAGAGCGAAAGCAGCUUGAUUCCACCGGGUUCUCCUCCCUGCAUAAGCGGGAACAACAACAAGCCAGAAAAAUGCUUCAGCGUCUGAAGAACCGGGAGUUUGAGGCGUGGGCAAGGCAGGUGAAGAAGUUCUGCGAGAAAAAGCCGCAAAAGUGCAAGGCCCUAUUGGAUUUUGACGAUUCAUCUCGGGGUCUGGAAACAGCGCUCUUUCAGAUCGUUCUGCGUCACAAGUCUGGCUGGCUUUUCGAGUUACUCAAGUACCUUCAGCUACGCACCGCAAUCGCUUACACUCUUGUUUCUUCGCCAUAGUUGGUCGUGCAGAAAAGUUUUAUACAUAGAAACGCCUACUGAAAUUGAAUGCCUUCGAGUGUUGUUUGCAUCGAUUGUCCUUGUGCAUGUGAACGACUUCGUCCGCACUGGUCUGCCAAAUACCUCCGGCGCCAAGGAUUCAACUUUCCUUGCCAAAAAACUGAUCGCAAGGACUGACAGCACGGCUUGCGCAAGUUCGGACUGAACAGCCAGGCAAAAAAUUUCAAAUUGGUUCCGCACAGCACACGAUGCUUUUUCGUACUAAAAAACAAACAUGCUAACUAGGGCAAAUUCGCAAGCGAUAGCAACGAAAGUUUUUUAUUGUGUUGCAGAAGAUUCCGUGGGAGAAAUACAAACAGCACAACACGGAUGCGCCGAACUUGUUGUCCGGUUGGCAGGACUACGUGCAAGAGCUCCCGUUGACAGAGGAAGACGAGCAGAACGCGCAUGCCUUACUAGGUAAGGCCAAAGACUUUGGCCGUGGGGACACGUUGGAGCAACAGGCAAAGCACGACUUCGGCGCUUGGGCCAACGAGCUAACCGAAUUGUGCAGGCAGCAUCCUGGGAAAUGCGGACAGUUUUUGAAUUUUGGCCCCAGCCGCAAACGCCGAUCGGCUGUUUGGCAGGCACUUUUGUAUUUCAUCGGCAUGGAUGGCAAGAUCCCACUCGAGAGGCGGCUCGAACCGUUACAGCUAAUCGCAACCACGGUCACGAAGCUACGCGAAGAAAAGGACGUCGCUCAUGUUCAGCUACCAAAAGUUUCGCAGGCAGACUACAAUUAUGGCGGUAAGAACACAUGUGGUUUUAUUGUGGGGGGUCUUGUUCUGAUGAGCCUUAUUAUUUUGGAGACAUAUUGAUAUUUUUGCAACUGUCGUGCUUGGCAUGACAAAUCUCUAUUGACGGUCUGCUCUCGAAGAUCCGACGAAAACAAGAUCAAAUUUUGAUUUUGUUGUGCGUGCGGGACUUGGCCUGUUUUUCUUUUUGCAGACGAGCGGUAUAAUGUCAUCGCAAAAGUUGUGAAGGAGAAAGCGCUGACGCCAGGCGCUGUGUGUUCGUCGCUAAUCAUGAUGUAGUUGCUUAAGAAAGUAGACCACUGACACCUCCUAUCCACGGAUGUUUCAAUUCUAAUUUGCGUUCCUGGUCGAUGACUGGCCGGGGAGGGAUGCUGCGCAGGGGACCGACGGUCGGUGGCAGGAUUUUGUAGAGGGGGAAGCCGCGCGGCUGUCUGAGGCGGAAAUGCGCGUCGCGAAUGAUUUGCUGAACUAUGCGAAAGCGAACAAUCUGAAAACGUGGGACGCCCGUGUGAAGGACGUCUGCGGGGAAGCAAAUCGUGCCAGAUGGAAAUGUCCCUUGUUCCUCAAUUUCGACCUGGGCGGGGCCCGCCAGACAGCGCUUUGGCAGGUGAUUUUGUACCACAAAGGGAGCCACGCUCCGGAAGGUCCGAAGUACUUCAAUUUUGUACACGGCGCGUACAAGCACCAGUUGGAAAGUCACUUGAAGAAAAUCCCCUGGUCAAAAUUCUACCUGUAUUGCAAUGAAAAGUGCCCCCAACGACCCGGAAGUUGCUAAAGAUGUUGCAAAGUUUCCAUCAAGUAACCCCGUUUUGUCUUGUAUGAAACGCCUGUGAGUCUACUUUCUGGUGCAGAAGCUGGGCGCGCAAGGCAUCUUGUACAUAUCAUGCCCCGCUGUUGCCGGGCUCUUUUGCAGCGCAGAUUUUUGCUAUUAGGACUUAAAAACUUCUUUCGAUGCUGAUACACCCACGCAGGGUGGGGUGAGUGUUUCCAUUGAAAGGCUUCGCAAUGCAAGCGCUGCGAAGUUCUGGGGUUGGGGGCGCUUUUCAGUAUGAUCUGGUAACCAAAUGCGUGCGCGCGCGCGCGCAGAGCGCGCGCCGGCCCACGAAGCCGGCGCGCGCGCUCUGCGCGCUUGCGAUAUUGCGUAGCAAACGCAGCGCGAAGGCAGUUGCCGUUACCAUAUAGGGCAACCGCCGGGAGGCGUGAAGGUCAGGGAAAUGGCCAGAAAUGAAGUGGGAGAAGGGAAAAAAAGCGGACCAGAUGGGAAAAUGGCCAGGAGGGCAAAAAUGUCGCAAAAACGGCAGAAACCAAGCGGGAGAAGGUGAAAAAAGAGCAUUUUUGCGGUUUGGCCCACUUGAUAUCUGAAAAAUAGACGGACUGUUUUUUGCUCCGCCCGCUGGGCAGCUGCGUUGGAGAAGCAGGCCCGCGACCUGUCCGGAAGCCUUGGGCCGCUUCGUAACUGGAAAAAGUUGGAAAAAAAUGGCAAAAAUUUGCUUCAUACCGUGGGCGGAAGCAAUCGUCGGAUUUUGUGCAGAUCCCCCGGGCCACUUGGAAAAUGGGAAAAGAAGAAAAAUCUUGCAAAAGCGCAAUCCCCCCGCAGGCUUCAAAACUGCCAGUCAGGUGGGGGCGGUGAAAAUGUGCAGGUCGCCCGGGCCACUUGGAAAAUGAAAAAAGAUGAGAAAUCGCGCAAAAGCGCAAUCCUUCCGCAGGCUUCAAAACUGCCACUCAGAUGCGGGCGGUAAAAAUGUGCAGGUCGCUGGGGCCACUUGGAAAAUGAAAAAAGAUGAAAAAUGGCGCAAAAGCGCAAUCCCUCCGCAGGCUUCAAAACUGCCAGGGAGAUGCGGGCGGUAAAAAUGUCCAGGUCGCCCGGGCCACUUGGAAACCAGAAAAAGAGAAAAAAAUGCGCAAAAGCGCAAUCCCUCCGCAGGCUCCGAAACUGCCAGGCAGCUGCGGUCGGUGAAAAUGUCCGGAGCCCUUCGGCCACCUAAGAACCACAAAAAAGAGCGAAAAUUGAAAAAAACCGAGAACCCUCGGCAGGCUUACAAACUGGCCGCCAAGGGCGGUCCGGCGGGCGCGUGGUCGCGCCAUACCAUCGGGAUUGUGAAAAAAAAAACGCAUUAGAAGCGGGCGGAGGGAUGUCACAAAAUCCCUAUUUGCCCUGGUUUGUGGGCACAAAUCCUGCACCUCCGCCGCGUCUGAAAUGCCCGAUUUUGGUGGCCCGGAAGGGUCCGCGGAGAUUCGGCUUUCCGCAUACCUUCUUGGCCAGGAGGCCAGUUUGUCAUGCAGGGGGCUAGAAAGGAUGCCCCGCUGCGAAAUAGCAGACCGGAUUUCGCCUUCAAUGCUUAUCGCAGGAGCCUGCGGGCCGCCGCGGGCGACAGUAGUUGUCCGCGGCCCUUUAGGGCCGCGGGGAAGUGGUGGAGCCCGCGGCGGCCCGCAGGCUCCUGCGAUAAGCUUUGAAUGCGAAUCCGGAAGCCCCCGAUGACCCAGAUACCUUCCUGGCCAGGGGGCCAGUUUCUCAUGCAGGGGGCUUGAAGAAGAAGGAGUGGGACUGUAAUCAAAAAUAAAUAGCGCCAAAGCGCGGCCCGCAGGGCCGCGCUUUCGCCGCGCGGCUGGUUAGGCUUUCGCGCUGGUUAGAAUUUCGCGCACGCAUUUGGUUACCAAUAUCGCCCUCCGGGCGCGACCUUCAUACUCUGGCCAUGGUUAUCGAAGAGCCCUUCUCGUUGGAUGAGCUUGCUCCUGGCUGGCACCAUUUCGUUGCGGCGCCGGAUGGAACGAGUGCGACUGUAGACGAGACUGCGGUCGCGGACCAGCUCCGGUCGCUUGUUCAAAAGCAACAAAAAAGGGAAACACUGUCCGAGCCGCGCCAGGGGGCACGACGUGCUGCUGUGCCGGGUCGACAAGGGCCGACAAGAGGCGCACCAGGGGACGGCACACCUGCACUCCCGCCUCCGAAGAUUCCGGCCACCAGCCUGACGCGAGUGGAACGAGCCAGUGCACUGGACGCCCUGCAAUUGGCCAAGGCCGGCAAGGGCAAGGCGUGGGCCGAGGCAGUGACGAGGUCCGGGCUUGGCUGCGGGACGGGACACGCUCAGCAAGAAAAGUGUCGCGAGUACUAUAACCCGCUCAGGUGUUACAAUCUCAAACGUUACAAUAGAAUAUGGAAAUCUGUGAUGCAAGAGUGCAUGAUCUAGCAAGCCAACUCUCAUGGGAUUGCGCAUGACAAGUUCCGGAGCCCCAAACCCCACUACAAUCCGGCGAAAUUUGUAUUGCAGAAAGUGGCGCGCUCUGCGAGGUUGUCAUGCUCAACAUGCAAGACAAAUCUCAGACUCUAUUGCAACGUUUGAGAUUGUAACAUCUGAGCGGGUUAUAAGUACUUGAACUUUGAAGACAAAGGCCCAGGAGCCGCCUUCCUCUCCGGGGGAAAGGGCAAGACGGCAGUGUGGUACCUCUUGUUUGAAGGGCAAACGCCGGAUCUCUUUUAUGGAUUGUAAAAAUGUCUGGGUCUGGAAACUUGUGAUGCUGGGCAUCGUAUCAUGAAGAGGCCACAAGUGCUGGCUCAGCAUGACAAGCUUUUGAGCUUCUAGGUGUUGCCUAUUCUGCAUGACAAACUGCGUUUCUGCAUGACAGCAAAGUGGGGCUCUUGGGUAACGUGCAUGGCAGGUUUAAGCGUCAUGCCAGACAAGCAUGACAAACUUGCACUCUUCCAGACCCAGACAUUUUUACACUUGAUCUCUUUUCUGAUGCUGCGAUUUUCCACGAGGAAAAGUAUCGCCAGCAACUCGAGGAGAACCUGGUGGAGGUCCAGAAAUUUCUCAACCACUUGGAGCGAAUCCCGUGGCUAGACUACAAGCGAGUCGAAGAAUCGGGGCACGUAGACGAGAAGCUCCUGCCCCCCGGGUGGAUAAUUUUUGUCGACGAUGCGCACCUCCUUCGACGAAUGGACUUGAAGCGCAAGGACUCUCCCAUGAUUACGCCUUAUCACCAAAAGGCCGGCUUUCUCGACCUCCAGCCGACGGACUCGGGUUUUCCGGCUGGCCUUCGUCCUCUGGUGGCGCUUCCUCAAGAAGUACUGACUGAAGUGUGUCCGAGGCUGCAGGACCUGAAAUCAUCUGAAUUAUUUCCCUUGCCUGAAUUGCUGGUUUCCGAUAAAUGGGCGAGGCGCAGAUGCGGUGGAUGGAAGGCGGUCGAAGAGGUCCUGCAGUACUACCUAAACGUGGACAGGAAGGUGAACGUUGUUAAAAUAGACUCGGAUUGGGAUUCUUUUUGGAUGUUUCCGAGGCCCGCCUUUGCAAGCGCUUUUGUGGCGUGCUGGAACCAAGCGUAUCCGCAAAUCCCGAGGAGCGACCAGCAGUCCCCAGUGUGCUCCGGCAGAAGCCUGCGUUAGAGGGGAAAAAGCACGGCGGUUUAAGGACCUUUCCUUUACAUCGCCCCAGCGACGCCAUAUGAGGUUGUUUUGGCAGCGCGCUCUGAUGUCAUACAGACGGUUCAGUUGCUCUUCACUUCUAUUCUUGAUUUGUUCCCGGUCACUUCUAUUGAUUCGUUCCCCGGGCGCAGUUUUUCAAAAAAUGUACUUCUUUAUCGUGCAGCUGCAUUAGCACAAGUCCAUCACUGCUUGUUUUUUGCAAAAUUUUGCGUCUGUUCUUGACACAAGGGCGCGAUCGGUCCUGAAUUCAUCGCGCCCGUUUAUUCUGUUUUUCUUUUUUGGAAUUUUCUUGAUCGGAAGAAAUCUGUUCUUCUUCUUUUUGUCGGAUGCCUUUUUACCAUUUCCUUUUUACUUUAUGAAAAUCUUCACGAAAAGGAAAAGCUACUCGAUCGCCGUUUCCACAUACUGCAGAAAAAUAACGAGCCGCUCGAUUUGCUCGGGAUUUUUGAACAUGCCAAGUCUCGUGCUUAGGCGGACAAAAGUCUCAAUAUUUUUGUGAUCCGAGGAAAACUGUCCUCGAAGAUGACCUUACACGUACACACAUAUUAAGAACGUAUGAAAAAUUAAUCUAUGACUCGGAACUGUUCAAAAUACUAUGUGAAUCCUGAAAAGUAUUUGUCGAUGGUUCGGCUUUAUUUUGUCUCAUCUGCGCCACACCGCACGCGCACCGCACCGCCAAUGCAGACUGCUUAAGCUCGUUUCCAUUUCUUUUUUGGAGGUGUUAAGAGCUAUGGCAAUGACUACAUUUGAGACAUGAGCACUUGUUGAUGGGACGACUGAACGACACGCAAGCGAACACUUGCCCGGCUUCAUGAAAUGCCGGCUGUGAAGAUAGUGCCGCGCGUGUUCAAGUAAUAUUGUGG